GGCGCGGUCGUGGCGGUGGCGGCAGGGGCGGCGGCGGCGGCUGCGGCUCGGCCGGGCGUCCGCGGGCCGUGGGGGAUGGGGGCGACGAGCUCCAGCCGGCGGCGGCGGUGGCGGCGGCCGUGAGUGUCGGGCGGGCGUCGGCGCCCGGGACGCGGGAUGGAGCGCCGCGGAUUUCCGGUUUUUUGACUGUUGCACGAAAGGAUGAUCGCUUACAAACAGAAAAAGACAAAGAAAAAACGCGUUUUGUCGUCAGGCCAGCUGACUACCGAUGUUACAGCUUCUGAAAUGGGGCUCAAGUCCAUAAAUUCCAGCUCCACUUUGGAUCCUGACUACAUCAAGGAGUUGGUGAAUGACAUCAGGAAGUUCUCCCAUAUGUUACUGUAUUUGAAAGAAGCUAUUCUUUCAGACUGUUUUAAAGAAGUCAUUCAUAUACGUCUGGAAGAACUUCUUCGUAUUUUAAAGUCUGUAAUGAAUAAACAUCAGAACCUUAAUUCUGUUGAUCUUCAGAAUGCUGCAGAAAUGCUUACUGCAAAAGUGAAAGCUGUGAACUUCGCCGAAGUAAAUGAAGAGAACAAAAAUGAUCUCUUCAGAGAAGUGUUUUCUUCUAUUGAAACCUUGGCCUUUACCUUUGGAAAUAUCCUGACAAGCUUCCUCAUGGGAGAUGUAAGCAGUGAUUCAUUACUGCGACUGCCUGUUUCUCGGGAAAGUAAGUCUUUUGAAAAUGUUUCUGUGGAAUCAGUGGACUCAGCCAAUGAAAAAGGAAGUUUUUCUCCUAUGGAAUUAGACAGCAUGCUGUUAAAGAAUGCUGAUUCUGUAGAAUUGGCUCUGUCGUAUGCCAAGACAUGGUCCAAAUAUACCAAGAACAUAGUUUCAUGGGUUGAAAAGAAGCUAAACUUGGAGUUGGAGUCCACUAGAAAUAUUGUCAAGUUGGCAGAGGCAACUAGAACUAACAUCGGACUACAGGAGUUUAUGCCACUACAGUCUUUAUUUACCAAUGCUCUUCUGAAUGACAUAGAGAGUAGUCAGCUUUUACAACAAACAAUUGCAGCUCUCCAAGCCAACAAAUUUGUGCAGCCUCUCCUUGGGAGGAAAAAUGAAAUGGAAAAACAGAGGAAAGAAAUAAAAGAACUUUGGAAACAGGAACAAAAUAAAAUGCUUGAAACAGAGACUGCUCUUAAAAAGGCAAAAUUGUUGUGCAUGCAGCGUCAAGAUGAGUAUGAGAAAGCAAAAUCGUCCAUGUUUCGUGCAGAAGAGGAGCAUCUUAGCUCAAGCGGUGGAUUAGUAAAAAAUCUCAACAAGCAGCUAGAAAAAAAGCGAAGGCUGGAAGAGGAGGCUCUUCAGAAAGUAGAAGAAGCAAAUGAACUCUACAAAGUUUGUGUGACAAAUGUUGAAGAAAGACGGAACGAUCUAGAAAAUACCAAAAGGGAAAUUUUAACACAGCUCCGGAAACUUGUUUUCCAGUGUGAUCUUACCCUUAAAGCUGUAACAGUUAACCUCUUCCAGAUGCAGCACUUGCAGGUGGCCUCCCUGGCGGACAGCUUGCAGUCUCUCUGUGAUGGUGCCAAACUCUAUGACCCGGGCCAAGAGUACAGUGAGUUUGUCAGGGCCACGAAUCCAACUGAAGAAGAAAAAGUUGAUCGGAAUGUAAAUAAGCAGUUAACAAAUAGUUCUCACACUUCUGGAUAUGGACCUUCUGACUCUUCAGAGGACGCCGUGCGCCUUCCUGACAGUGCCAGCAAGAUGGACGAGGACAGGUGCUCCAACAGUGCCGAUGUGACAGGUCCGUCUUUUAUAAGGUCAUGGACAUUUGGGAUGUUUAGUGACUCUGAAAGCACUGGAGGAAGCAGUGAAUCCAGAUCUCUGGAUUCUGAAUCUAUAAGUCCAGGAGACUUUCAUCGAAAGCUUCCACGAACUCCGUCCAGUGGAACCAUGUCUUCUGCGGAUGAUCUAGACGAAAGAGAGCCGCCUUCCCCUUCAGAAGCUGGACCCAAUAAGAAGACGCUGAUGUCAAAGGCAGCGCUCACGCACAAGCUGCGCAAACUGAGAUCCCCCACAAAGUGCAGGGAUUGCGAAGGCAUUGUCGUGUUCCAGGGUGUCGAGUGUGAAGAGUGUCUCCUUGUUUGUCACCGCAAGUGUUUGGAAAAUUUAGUCAUCAUUUGUGGUCAUCAGAAACUUCCGGGGAAAAUACACUUAUUUGGAGCAGAAUUCACCCAAGUUGCAAAAAAGGAACCAGAUGGCAUUCCUUUUGUACUCAAAAUAUGUGCUUCAGAGAUUGAAAAUAGAGCCUUGUGUCUACAGGGAAUUUAUCGUGUGUGUGGAAACAAAGUGAAGACUGAGAAGCUGUGUCAAGCUCUGGAGAACGGAAUGCACCUGGUGGACAUUUCAGAAUUCAGUUCACAUGACAUCUGUGAUGUCUUAAAAUUAUACCUUCGACAGCUUCCAGAACCAUUUAUUUUAUUUCGAUUGUACAAGGAAUUUGUAGACCUUGCAAUAGAGAUCCAGCAUGUAAAUGAAGAACAAGAGACCAAAAAAGAUAACCCCGAGGACAAAAAAUGGCCGAGUACAUGUAUAGAAAUAAAUCGAAUUCUUCUAAAAAGCAAGGACCUUCUAAGACAACUACCCGCAGCAAAUUUUAACAGCCUUCAUUACCUCAUAGUUCAUCUUAAGCGAGUCGUGGAUCACGCAGAAGAAAACAAGAUGAACUCCAGAAACCUGGGGGUGAUAUUCGGCCCGAGUCUCAUUAGGCCAAGGCCCACAGCUGCUCCUGUCACCAUCUCCUCCCUCGCCGACUAUUCCAAUCAAGCGCGGCUGGUGGAGUUCCUCAUUACCUACUCACAGAAGAUCUUUGACGGGUCCCUGCAGCCACAGGAUGUGGCUGUGUGGAGUACAGGUGUUGCCCCCCAGGUUGACCAAGGCGGUCUUCCAAAGCCUCUGUUAUCACCAGAAGAAAGAGAUCCAGAACAUUCUAUGAAGUCACUGUUUUUCUCUUCAAAGGAAGAUAUCUGUACUGCAGAUAGUGAAAACAAAAUUUUUGAAACUGCUGCAUCAUUUGAGGAAUCAGAACGAAAGCAGAAUGCAUUAGAAAAAUGUGACGCAUGUCUUAUUGACAACAAAGGGCUUUUGCUCAUAGACCAAGAGCUUCAACCAGCAUCACGAAAGAUGGAAGAUGUGUGUAAAACCUCUAAGCUGUCUGCUCUGAAAUCUGAGAGGGAGAUGAACGGUGUUGAGAGGCAUACGGCAAGGACCAAGCUUAGACCCGUGAGUCUGCCCGUAGGUAGACCCCUCCUUCUUGCGAGCCCUCCCAACGAGAGAAAUGGCAGAAAUAUGGGAAAUGUAAAUUCAGACAAGUUUGGCAAGAAGCCUUCCUUUGACGGCAUUAAUAGAAAAGACACCCCAACUUCUGUUUGUUCCAAAUUUGAUGGCUUUGGUCAGCAGCCUCUACAGAAAACUCGGGAGAAGCAGUGUGAACAAAAUGAGCUGGCUGCAAAGACUCCAGUGGUGGUGCCCCAUGUGUUCCAGGACAGAGGAGUGACAACGAGCAUCAGGAGUGGUGGGGACCACCCGGGCAGCACCACCCAGCCCAGCAAGCCAUACGCAGAACCCAGCAGGGCAGCCAGACAGGUGUCAGAGAGACGGUCCUCUGACUCGUGCCCUCCUGCCCCUGUCAGAGCACCCAGGACACUGCAGCCCCAGCACUGGACAACGUUUUAUAAGCCACAUGCUCCUGCUGCUGGUGGCAGGGGGGAGGAGGAGAGACCUGUGACAUCGCCUGCAGCCGUGCCCCCUGCCACCCCGGAGCAGGCACCGAAAUCGCCUCCAGGCCCAGAAACCUUGUCACCUGGGCCGGGGCAGCCGGCUGGUAAGCCGAAGGGGAGGGCCGAGGAGCGUGACCUGCCCGGCCUGCAUCCCGUGUGUCAGAGGCCGCGGCUGAAACGCAUGCAGCAGUUUGAGGACCUUGAAGACGAAAUCCCGCAGUUUGUGUAGGCGUGUCAGAAUGCGGUUUUUCUUUUGUCGUUGUUUUGUGGUAUUUGUUUUUUGAGAGAAGUUUUGGACAGGGCCCUGUGGUGUAGGUUUGCCACAUCCUAUACGUUGCUUUUUGUCAUUGUGUUGUGUUAUCCUGUGGUUAUAUUGAACGGUAGACUGUUGUGAUAGGGCCCCAUCUGUGCCUCACUGGAAUUAUAUGUAUUUUUGAAGUUGUGAAUAAAUAGACUCAUGUUUUUUAAAGUUCAUUUGAUUUCCCGUAAAGCGGUCCAUUUAAUAUGUGCAUCCAUAAUAUAUGACAAAGCUCUCAACUAAUAGGUGCAAUUGAGGGAAAUCAGCUCUAUGUUUUGAAGUGAAACUACAUGCUUAUUUAUAAAAGGAAUGUUUCUGAAUGCACGUGCCUGAAAGAUCUUUGUUUGGUGUGAUUGUUUCUUCACACAAGUUUAUAGUAUGUCCUUGACCGUUUGUGCUUUUAUGGUAUAUAUGUAAGAUUUUAUUUUUCAGUUGGCAGUUCACUUAACCUUUUCAUAUUUGCAUAAUGGCCAAAAGGCUUGCAGAUCUGUAUUCAGUUGCAUUUUAAUUAAUGACUAGAUUUUACAUUUGGUAGUCAGUUGAAUCGUACAAAGAAAAUGCACUUAAACAAGUCUCUAAAUUAUAUAAUUCAGUCAUGUCUCAUUUGGUUUUAGAUGUUACACACUUAAUUUUUCACCUCUUUGCUUUGUUCUGCAUAAACUUUUGUUGUUCAACAGUUCUGAACAUUUUGGCAUUUUAUAUAAUAGUUCAAAACAAUGUUUUAAAAUUCAGUGCACUUCCUCUUAAUGUCAUCUGGGCUUUAUGUUUUGUUUUUGUUUUUGUUUUUUUACCAUUCCUUUUGUAUGAAAUGUUUCCACUUAUAAAUAAUUGUAUGUACUUUUUCUACCAGGAUGUAUAACCAUUGACAAUGUAUGUUUCAUCUGAAUCAUGCAAAGAUUUAUUUAAGUCAUUUCUAAGAGUAUAGUUCAAUAAGUGUCGUCUGAAAUUUGAGAGAAGGUGUAGAUGAUUGGCUAUAUUUCAUUUAUAAAAUUCCCAGUUUUUAGAACUAGUGCAGUUCUGUUAUUUUCUUGGCUUUAUCAUUUUGCCUAAAAUAGGAUAUAAAAGGGACAAAAAAAGUAAAAUAGCCUCUUUUUGUAUGUGUGAAUUAUAUUUGUAACAAAUGCUUUUAUAUGACCAUGUUAUACUUGAUAAAAUAUAUAUACAUAUAUA